GACCGAGAUGAUAUCAGUGCAACAGCGAGCCGCUUGUUGAACCGUUGUAGGGCGGUGGAAGUGGUCGUAAACACGCCAAGGAAUGCGGAGCAAACCCAAGCACUCAAUAAUGUCAACAGUUUAAUCGAGGCAGCAAUAGACAAAAUGCAAGAGGAUUUGAACAACACCAAAGAGAUGGUGCAACGUUAUCUGAACGCAUGCUCUCCGGAUCAGCCGGAUGGCCCAAUCGAUCAACGAUUUCAAUCCCAGGCAAACUUGCAACAUUCAUAA